AUGACGGGCUCCAUCGUGCAACUCCUCACAUCCAUAACGCCCCCCGACGUCGUCUUCGUACCCUUCACAGCGCCCGCGCCUGCCCCGCCGUCCAUCAACGACUCGGCCGACUGCCAGACGUCCGCCGACGUCGCGUUGCCACUGCUCCUCCCGAUCCUCGACGACUACGCUGGUUUUAUUGUUUGCUGCUACAGCGAGCACCCGCUCGUGCCACUACUCAAGUCGCACACCUCUAACCCGGUGGUCGGGAUUUUCGAGGCGUCGGUGACGGCGUCGCUGCAUCUGCUGCGCCCGGGACAGAAGUUUGGGAUUGUGACGACGGGGAGGAUCUGGGAGGAAUUGUUGGGCGCGGGUGUGCAUAGGUUUUUGGGGGGUGCGGGGGAGGGCGUGUUUGCGGGAGUGGAGAGUACGGGGUUGACGGCGGUGCAGCUGCAUGAGGUUGCGAAAGAGGAGGUGGAGAGGCGGAUUGGGGAGGCGGCGGAGAGGUUGUUAAGGAGGGGGGAUGUGGGCGUUGUGUGUUUGGGGUGUGCGGGGAUGGUGGGCAUGGGGGAGGCGGUGGGGAAGGCGGCGGCGAGGGUGAAGGCGGAUGUUAGAGUUGUGGAUGGGGUUGUGGCGGCGGCGGGGGUUGUGGUGGGGUUGGUGCGGGGGAUGUGGGCGUGA